AUCGCUCCAACCAAAUUACAGCCCCGACCCGGGGGGCUACCCGCCAUUUACAACAUUCACUAUUCAAAUACUGCCAUCCUUUAAAGUUCGAAGCAAUCCAGGACAAAUCCUCAUGGACUACAAGCAACCAAUUCGACAAAGACUUGAUGGCGGAUGAGGACCUACUGCGUCGGAUCCACGAGUUGGAAGACCUAGACCUCGCAGCGCUCCUUUGCCUCAUCAGUCGCGAGCACUGCAUCGUCAGCACCGAACCCACCGAGCUCGACGACCUAAUCGAGGAGCUACGUCUCGUCGCCUCUCAGACCUUCCACCUACCUUCCGCCGUGGUAAACUGCACUCAAUACACAACCCUCGACGACCUCGCCGCCUCUAUCCAGUUACACCCACCCGCGCCUCCCCCUCCACCUACACCCAAACCGCAACAGCAGCACCAGCUCCGCACCCCGACUCCCCGAACACCCUCGGCAUCGCCCCUCCGGCGCCGCGGCAGUUCCGCAGUCGGGCACACCACAACCAACACCAGCACCGGCGUCCCCAGCACCCCCAGCCGCAGCCAUAGCCGACAAUACCCAACAACACCGCACCACCCCCCACCCCAACUCGCCAACGUAAUCCUAGCGAAAAACCUCGACCGCGCACCUAAAGACGUACAAAUCCAAUGUCUGGAACUCAUCCGCACGCGACGGAUCCUCACACGCACAAGCGUGCAGACGGCGCCUAAACAGUUCCUCUUCAUCGCGGUGUUGGAGUCGGGCGGUGCGGCGAGAUUGGUCUCGCAUCUAAACGACCUGUUCUACGUAUCGCACUGGCAUGACCCGGAGGACGGGUUCGCGCAUUUGGACGAGGAGGAGGAGGCGGGACGGUACCGAGCUGGAAAUGCCAGCGGAGAGAAAGAAAGAUAUGCCGGUGACGACGACGAUGGGGGCAGGACAACCGACAGUGCGUCCGCGUCUAGCGUCGUCGUGAGACGGGAUCCGCAGACGCCUAGUACACCGCGCGUGAGCCGAACACGGAGCACGCAUAGCACCCGGAUAAACACGGCUCUGAAAAAAGGGGACCAAGGAUCCACCUACAGCGCCUCGAUCGCGAGCUCGCGGCUCCCGUUCCCAGUCCUCGUCGACGCGGACAUCACCUCCCUAGCACUGCACGCGCGGAACGUGAACAUAUCCAUCGAAGUGCUACGGUACCUCAUGAACAUCGUCUCCUUCCUGCGCAUGCACCGAGCCGUCGCCCCAGGCGGCGGGGGCGUAACACCGCAAGCAACGAAGCACUUCGAGGCGCUGGCGAAGAGUCUAGCCGCGCUGCACGGGCUGGACUACGUGACGCCGGCGCUGGUGGGGUUAGCGGCGAAGAAGGCGUACGCGCACCGCAUACGCAUUACGUCGGUGGAGAAGGAGAGGAGUUUGCAGUGGGGGAGCGAGGUUGGUGCCGUGGAGGCGUUGUUGGAGGGCGUGGAUGCGGAGUAUGUUAUUGAGGAUGUGUUGGGGAUGGUUGAGGCGCCGUUGUAGGGGGUGGUGGGGAGGUGUUGAUACCCUGAGUUUUAUGUAUAUACUAGAACUAGAGCGAGCGUGUUGAAUUAGGGGUUGGUAAUGGUAGUAACGAAAAGCUUGUUUAAAGGCAUUUCAUAACCUCACUGGAUGUAUAUGUAUAUCAUGUGUCUUGUUCGUAAUUUUGUGUAUGAUUCGCAUUAUCUAACCUAACG